GGGGCGGACGGCCGGGGCCAGCAGCCCGUGCCCGGGAGCGGCGGCUCUGAGGGGCGCGGACCUCCCCGCCCGGGCACUGCAGACGCCACCAUGCCGCGCCCGGGUCCCCGCCUGUGGCUGGUCCUGCAGGUGAUGGGCUCGUGCGCCGCCAUCAGCUCCAUGGACAUAGAGCGUCCGGGCGACAGCAAGUGCCAGCCCGUGGAGAUCCCGAUGUGCAAGGACAUCGGCUACAACAUGACCCGCAUGCCCAACCUGAUGGGCCACGAGCAGCAGCGCGAGGCGGCCAUUCAGCUGCACGAGUUCGCGCCGCUGGUGGAGUACGGCUGCCACGGCCACCUCCGCUUCUUCCUGUGCUCGCUGUACGCGCCCAUGUGCACCGAGCAAGUCUCCACCCCCAUCCCCGCCUGCCGGGUCAUGUGCGAGCAGGCCCGGCUCAAGUGCUCGCCCGUCAUGGAGCAGUUCAACUUCAAGUGGCCCGACUCGCUGGACUGCAGCAAACUCCCCAACAAGAACGACCCCAACUACCUGUGCAUGGAGGCGCCCAACAACGGCUCGGACGAGCCCACGCGGGGCUCGGGCAUGUUCCCGCCGCUCUUUCGGCCGCAGCGGCCGCACGGCGCGCAGGAGCAGCAGCCGAAGGACGGCGGGCCGGGGCGCAGCGGCUGCGACAACCCGGGCAAGUUCCACCACGUGGAGAAGAGCGCGUCGUGCGCGCCGCUCUGCACGCCCGGCGUGGACGUGUACUGGAGCCGCGACGACAAGCGCUUCGCCGUGGUCUGGCUGGCCAUCUGGUCGGUGCUGUGCUGCUUCUCCAGCGCCUUCACCGUGCUCACCUUCCUCAUCGACCCGGCCCGCUUCCGGUACCCCGAGCGCCCCAUCAUCUUCCUCUCCAUGUGCUACUGCGUCUACUCCGUGGGCUACAUCAUCCGCCUCUUCGCGGGCGCCGAGAGCAUCGCGUGCGACCGGGACAGCGGGCAGCUGUACGUGAUCCAGGAGGGGCUGGAGAGCACGGGCUGCACCCUGGUCUUCCUCGUCCUCUACUACUUCGGCAUGGCCAGCUCGCUGUGGUGGGUGGUCCUCACGCUCACCUGGUUCCUGGCCGCGGGCAAGAAGUGGGGCCACGAGGCCAUCGAAGCCAACAGCAGCUACUUCCACCUGGCCGCCUGGGCCAUCCCCGCGGUGAAGACCAUCCUCAUCCUCGUGCUGCGCCGGGUGGCGGGCGACGAGCUCACCGGCGUGUGCUACGUGGGCAGCAUGGACGUGAACGCGCUCACGGGCUUCGUGCUGGUGCCGCUGGCCUGCUACCUCACCAUCGGCACCUCCUUCCUGCUGUCGGGCUUCGUGGCCCUCUUCCACAUCCGCAGGGUGAUGAAGACGGGCGGGGAGAACACGGACAAGCUGGAGCGGCUCAUGGUGAGGAUCGGGGUCUUCUCCGUGCUCUACACGGUGCCCGCCACCUGCGUCAUCGCCUGCUACUUCUACGAGCGCCUCAACAUGGACUACUGGAAGGUCCUGGCGGGGCAGCACAAGUGCAGAAUGAACAACCAGACCAAGAGCCCGGACUGCCUCCUGGCCGCCUCCAUCCCCGCCGUCGAGAUCUUCAUGGUGAAGAUCUUCAUGCUGCUGGUCGUGGGCAUCACCAGCGGCGUGUGGAUCUGGACCGGCAAGACCCUGCAGUCCUGGCAGGGCGUCUGCAGCCGCAGGCUGAAGAAGGGCCGGAGGAAACCGGCCAGCGUGCUCACCGGAGGCGGCGGUGGGAUUUACAAAAAAGCCCAGCAUCCCCCCAAACCUCACCUGGGGAAGUUUGAGAUCCCCGCCCAGCCCCCCACCUGCGUGUGAGCAGGCCGGGAGGGGAGGGCCUGCCCCACCCCGGGGGCAGCGGGGGACUGAAAU